CCCCCGGCGGCUGCGGGCGGUAGAGUGCCGGGCCGCGCCGCCGCGGCGACGGGAGGGUGGCCGGGCUCCCUUUGGCGCCCCCUGGCGUCGGCCCGGCGUACGCCCGCCUUCGCGUCUCCGCCAAUGGGAGGCGGCGGUGGCGCCUUCGCGCCGCGCUCCGCCCGCCGAUUGGCCGCCGCGCGCGGCAGUGGGCUGAGCGGCAUCCGGUGCGGCGGCUGUCGGGCUGUCGGUGCGGAGCGGAGCGGCCAUGACGGCGCACAGCUUCGCGCUGCCGCUUGUCCUCUUCUCCGCCUUCUGGGGCCUCGUGGGCAUCGCCGCCCCCUGGUUCGUGCCCAAGGGGCCGAACCGCGGGGUGAUCAUCACGAUGCUGGUCACCACCGCCGUGUGCUGCUACCUCUUCUGGCUCAUCGCCAUCCUGGCCCAGGCCAACCCCUUGUUCGGGCCGCAGCUGAAGAACGAGACCAUCUGGUACGUGCGCUUCCUCUGGGAGUGAGCUGUCCCCAGGAGCCAGGACCUGAACAGAGACCCCCCCCCACAGUCGUCACCCUCUUGCUGCUGUUCCAGCCUCUACUUUCCCAUACCAGGCAGCCCCCCAGAGGUGCUGGGACAGAGGCUGGACCUGCUGCCCUAGCACACCCUGAGCACUGCGACCUAGACCAAGGAUGGCUGGGCCCCCGAGCAUGGCAGGUAUCACCCCUGCCUGGGAUGAGGGCCCAGUAAGCCCAGCCCUGGGAGCAGCCAUGCUACCAGGGAGCGAUCCUCUCAGCUGGCAGAGUGCUGCAGUCACUGACAUUGAGCACUGUCCUGGGAGAGAUCUGUGUGUAGUGCCAGCGGAUCCUGUCCCUGCAGUGCUCACCCUGCUCCCUCCAGUGCGCUCAGUCCUAGCCCCGCCAAGUGGAACCCCUGCUCCCAGCCCAAGCUGCCCACCUAGUUACCGUAUCCCUGGUCAUUUCAGGCACUGGCUGCCCCUCUGCCUGGAAAGGCAGGAGCCCAUAGCAUCUUCUGUUGUAUGGUCAGUCCCCUGGGGUGAUGGUGGUCAUUGCUAAGACAGAUUCUGGCCAUGGAUUUGAGGAGGGAGGGCUGAUCCUGGAGGACGCCCUGGGUGUGAUGAGAUAGGUGCUGGGGUGCAGGGCAGGGGGUUCUGAUGCUUGGCAGCCUGCUAGAGGGGAUUAAGGGGUGCUGCAUCUCCUUCCACCUCAGCAGUGAGGGUGCUGGAAUAGUGUCUAGGUACCGCCACCGCCCCAACCUCUGUCCAGGUUCUGAGAAGAACUGAGUAGGGCAUUGUGUUUUAGGUUUCCCCUUAUUUAUCAGAUAAUUUGUCUGUAUUUAUUUAUUUGUCUGUGUUUGUUAAAUUUGUGUUGUGGAAAUAAAUCCUUUUUCUAAUAAGU